GGUCUGUCUCAAGCAGCCUGCAAAGUAAAAGAAGUGACUUGUAGUGCUGAACACAGAGGAGUAUUUUCAUCACAUUUUUUAUUGGAGCUCAAAGGACGAAGGAACUUCGAACAGAUACAGCGUCUGUUUACCCAACGUUAAUUCACUGCUUUCCACGACAAUCAGGCAGCACCAAUGGCAGAACAUCCAACCUUUACUAUUCAGAACCGUGAGCGAAUCCGGGCAGUGGAGAGCUCUUUCGGCCGCACUGGAAAGGUGCUUUUAAAACCCGGGCGUCUUCUUGUGGGAGAGGGCUGCUUGUUGAAGCUGUGCAGGCGUGGACCCAAAUCCAAAAUGUUCUUCCUCUUCAACGACAUCUUGGUCUAUGGUAGCAUCAUGGUGCCCGGUCGCUGGUACAAUAAGCAGAGGAUCAUUCCUUUGGAGGAGGUGCAGCAGGAAGAUCUGGAAGACGGAAUGGCCAUGGCCAACCAAUGGCUCAUCCGCAUGCCACGCAAGUCUUUCUACGUGUCGGCAGCCUCGCCUGAGGAAAAAAACGCAUGGAUGGAGCACAUUGAGAGGUGCAGGGCCCUCCACGUGCAAAAUAAGGGCCUCCCCACUGACAAUGAUGCAGAGAAGUUUGCUGCCACCUGGAUCCCUGACAUGGCUUCAGCCAUCUGCAUGCGCUGCUCAAAGCGCUUCAACAUUGCCAUUCGGAGAAGGCACCACUGCCGGAGAUGCGGUUAUAUAGUAUGUCAAGCUUGCUCGAAGAACCGGGCCUUGCUACCCAACAUCUCCUCCAAACCAGUGAGAGUUUGCCGGAACUGCGUGAGCAGCACUCAAGACGGAAAGGAGCAGAAACAGAAGAAAAAACAUGUAAAGCACUGGAAGAAGAACUCCGUAGAGGACUCACCAACGCUACCUGAGUUUGAGACAUCCAGCGACGAGGAGCUCGAAGAUGAGAAUGGGUACCAGGUGCCCACCAAGUGGUUCAACAACCAGGUGGAGGAAGCGGAUUACUCCCCAUACUGCUACAUAAGGCCCGAGCACAAGAGUCCUCCCAUCAUUGGACUCUGAGCAUGAUGUGAGCAACUACUAUUAUGAACUAUGCUGAAAUUGAACAUUUUACUGUUGAUCAAAGAACGGAUGCCGGCAGUUAUUAAGUAUUUUGCACUAAAGUAUGUGAGUCACUUCUACUACUUCUGUUUUGCACUUUUAUAUUUAUGUAUGUAAAUUUGAAUGUAUAUUCUAUUUUCAUAGUAUAACAAAUGUUUCGUAUUAUAGCGUAUGUAUAAAGUAAACAAUGUGAAUUUUGUAAUCAAUAUAAUAAAAAAAAAGCAUUAUUAUGAAAUACUUGCAUUGAAUACUUGGUGGGAAACACACAAACACACACCAGUUUUUGUAAAUGUUUGUUUAUAAACCGAAGAAAUAAUUAAAACAUAAAACAAUAUUUUCAAUAGAAGCAUCCUAGAAACUAGAAAGACGUCUUCUUACUGCAGACCUAUAACGUUUAAGGGAGGGAUAAUGGAUGGUGACUCAGCAUACUGCUUCUCGAAUGAAUACCUGCGAUUGACAUUGACAAAACAUUACAUCCUUUUUUGGGAUGUGAUUUCAAUAUUGUAGUCCAGGUCACAUGACUGUACCAUCCAAAAGAUCUAACUUAAUUAAUUUAUUGAGGUUUUUUAUAUUUUCAUUUAAAAAAUAAAUGGACAUUAUACUCUGCAUUAUAUUACACUGGCAUUAAAUUACAAAAUAUACACUCAUAUACAAUUCUACAAGGGAAAAUUCUGUCAUUAAUUACUCACCCUCAUGCUGUUCCAAUCCCGUAAGACUUUCAUUCAUCUUCGGAACACAAAUGAAGAUCUUUUUGAUGAAAUCUAAGAGCUUUCUGUCCCUCAAUAAACAGCUACGCAAAUACUACUUUGACGCUUCAAAAAGUUCAUAAAGAGAUCGUAAAACUAAUCCGUAUGAAUUGACUGGUUUUUCAAAUUUUCUGAAGAGAAUUGAUCACUUUAUAUGAUGAACAGAUUUAAUUUAGGCUUUUAUUCACAUAUAAACAUUGAUCAGUGAACAUAAACAGAAGCUCAACCGAACCUGCUUGAUGCGCAAGAACAAACCUCUUGUGGAAGCUCAAACGUGCUGUGUAACACAUGAGAAUGAACCUCAUUGGUUCUUGCAUGUCAAGCAAACAUGCUUGAGCUUCUGUUUACCACAACCGAUGUGUGAGUUGAUUAAUGUUUACAGCUUCUGUUCACCAUAUAAAGCGAUCAAGUCUCUUGAGAAAAUUUGGACUCAAUUUAUAUGGGUUAGUUUCAUGAUCUCUAUAUGAACUUUUUGAAGCAUCAAAGUGUCAGUUGCGUAGAUGUCUAUGGAGAAGAUCUUCAUUUGUGUUCCGAAGAUGAACGAAGGUCUUACGGGUGUUAAACGAUAUGAGGGUGAGUAAUUAAUGACAGAAUUUUCAUUUUGGGGUGAACUAACCCUUUAACCCUUAACUGUGCAGCUGUUAUAUGGUAACAUUUUUAAAGAUAAGACUAUACAGAAUGAUUAUGAGACAUCAUCCAAAUUAUUAUUAGUGGAAAUAUAAGUAGUGCCAAUUUAUUUGCUAUAGCACAACAGAAAAUCAUGAAAUGAGGCCACCAAUUGAAUAGCGUGUAAUAUAAUUUAGAGUAUAAAUAAAACUUAUAGCAAGACUUGUGUAAAGUAUUUUCUUUUUACAUUGAGGAAUUGUAGAAAAAUUACAAUGCUCCAGCAGCAUUUGUUAACUGAACACAUUAAUAAAUUAUUAUAAUUAAAUAAUGAACAAUAUAAUUAAAUGAUUAAAAAAAAAAAAAAAACUAAGAAACCAAACCUGCUUGAUGGAAGUCAAUGAGCGUGAGAAAAUGAGUAUUUUUAAUUUUUGGAUUGUCCAUGGUGGAUUAUCCAUUUACAGUAGGGAUCAGAGUAGACAAUGACUCAACAUACUGCUGGUGGGAUGGAUAACUGAGAUUACAAUAAAAAUCUAAAGAUGCCAUCUUUUUUUCAGGACAUGAUUGCAGAAUAUUAGUCCAGGUCACAUGACUGAUCAUGUAUCUUUAAUGAAUUGCAUCAUUUACAUGGUUCUGACAGUGACUUUGGAUUAGAAGAGCUCUCUCAGUUUUGAGAGUUUAAAUGGUAAGUUACAAUUUAAAAGUUAAUUUAAAGUCAUUUUACGAGGUGCUUCAAAAGAUUUUUUGACAGUUACAGAUUUAAAAGGAAUAAUGUGCUCUUCAUGUAGACUUUUCAUAUAGAAAUAUCGUAAUUACAUAUUCAAAGCACAUGAAUGAUCAAGCUAAUCAUUUCUAAGUGGGAAACAGAAAUCUAAAUGCUACUCAAGUUGCUUUGAAACACUGAAAUAUUGAUUAAUAAAUCAUAUAAUUUAAUAAUAUGUCUGUAAUCUAUAUAUAGAGACAUCAGUGAGUGGAAAGCAAGUAGUGAAUGGUGUUAAUCACUUAACUUUCACGGUUUGCUUUAUUUUUAGUUGUGAUAUCAUUAUUUUGAAUUCAGAUGUAAUUUUUUGGGUUUAUUGUUUACAAUAUAAUUAUUUUGUUUUGUUUAGCUUCCAUGUUAUGUUUCUAGGUGGCAAUUUAUUUUACAGUGUCUUUUUUACACAUUACAUGUAGUUACUAUAGUAAUAACUAUAAAUUAUGCAUAAUCACAUGCAUCUAAACCAAAAUCUUAUCCUAACUCUAAUCCUAUAUUAAGUACAUGUAGUUAAUUAACAUUACUGAGUACUUAAUUACACUUUAACAAGGACACCCUAAAAUAAAGUGUAGCCUGUUUCUUGCUUGAAUGUGUGACGUUUCCUUAUAUGUUUCACAAGAAGCAUAAUUCCCAACCCAAAGAACCAUUUCAGCAUAAAAGGUUUCUUCGAGAGGAUACAGUUAUAAAUAGAAGUUUUAUAUGAGUAAAGAUGCUCUACAGAACCAUCUAUUUUUAGAGUGUACUAACAACCGAUUAGUAGAACAAGUCAAAUUGUGUGGCUUACAAAACAAACAAAAAACAAAAAAAACAGCCAUUUUGUAUAAGCAAUUACUCUUAAAGUGUAAUGUGCACAUACAAGCUGAGAAAGUUUUCCGCUCUCAUAAGAACUGUACACACUGGUGGGAGGAAUAGAGUAAACAAUUCUUUAAAAAACACCUUUUUUCCUUUUGCUAAAUGCCCAAAGUAAUUUCCAUGACAGACUUUUUGGCACACUGUGUGGAAAAAUACACCGUAACUAGCAAAACCAGCUCAGUAGGUAAGAUCAACUUUCACACUCAUCACUGUUGUUUACUAUCAAUGGACAGAUAUAAAUAGAACAAGAAACCCACAAACCUUGUUCAAAUGCAAACAACUUGAACCACUCAUUACGAAAGAAACACUUUUUUACUGUACAGAAACUCCAACACAUUACUUACAGUCUCAGAGCUUGAUUCCGGGAACUAGUGAAGCAAAGUUAAUUCUAAAGUUCAAAGAAAAGUUCUUACUACAAGCUCCAUUUCUUUGCAAGUUUGCAUUACAAAAAAGACUGUCUUCAGUAGAGAUGCUUAUAGCAGAACUGAACCCUUUUCAAAAUUGAUGAAAUUUACAGUCAACACUGAACUGAGUUCAACAGAAUAAUGACAUGAUUGCCUUUUUUCAGUGAUGCAUUACAGCAGAAUUGAAUUGUUUGUAUCAUUGAUCAUUAUUUUCCUGUUAUCAUUGUGAAGCUGCUUAGAAACAAUCUGUAUUGUAUAUGCUAUAUAAAUAAAAGUGACUUGACUUGACAAAGGGCGGUAGGACAGGCACAACAUUAAAUGCACAAUAAGUGUUACUAUAAAUAUCAAGUCAAGUCACCUUUAUUCAUAUAGCACUUUUUACAAUGUAGAUUGUUUCAGGAGAACAGGAAAAUAAUGUAGCAAAGUUUGUUUUGGCUGUAUCUGACUUCUGUGACAUGAGACAGCUAGCAGACGGGUGGUUUAACCAGUCUAUCUGCUUCCUGACCUGGGCCCCAGUUUGUCAUGUUUGAGCUCUAAGAAUAUCUGCCAUAUAGAGAGAAUAGCAGCACCGUCCCAGGAGGUAUGAAUACCAUCUCUUUUCAUCAGGUCAGGUCUGCCCCAAAAACAUUUCCAAUUGUCUAUGAACCCUAUAUUAUUCUGUGAACACCACUUAGACUGCCAGCCAUUGAGUGAGGACAGUCUGCUAAGUAUCUCAUCACUCCGACAAACAGGGAGGGGGCCAGAGCAAAUUACAGUGUCUGACAUCGUACUUGCGAGUUCACACACCUCUUUAAUGUUAAUUUUAGUGAUCUCCGACCUGGUAAAGUCGGACAUCAUUAGUGCCAACAUGAAUAAUAAUCUUAAAGUAUUAACAAUUAGCAUUAGCUAGCACUUUUAAAAUUUCCUUUGAUGUCAGGUGCUCUGGCUCCCAGCAAACAUGUGACUAUAGUGGCUAUGAUGACUCACCAUGUUUUUUGACUGAUUCCGGCUUACCACAGUAGUUUGAUGGACUUAUAGAAAAAGGAGAGCACAAGAGAAAAAAAGACGGUAAGCAAGGAUGACAAGUUAACAGGCUAGCGAAAUGCUAACACGUUGUGCUAGCAAUUUAGGUUAAAAGCUGGCGAUGUCAGAUUAAUGUGAUAUGUGCAAUAUUAGACAAUAUCAGAUAUAUGGUGAUGAGUAAGUUAUAUUUAGCAAUAUAAACAACAAUGAAUUAUAGUAAAUAAAGAUUCAAAACAAAGCUAUACGGAGCUACAGAUGCAAACCACUCAGCAGCGAGGCAGACAGGAGCAAUCGAGCUCAAGAUAGGAUAGUAAUGAUAUUAUGAACUGUAUUGAAAUUGAAAAAAACAAAAAGAAUUAUAAUGUCAAAUUUUAUCCUUAAUAGUACAAGCUUCAUAAUUGAAUGCUGUGACAUACAGAAUCGCAAAAUGCCUACCACUUUGUAUAUUGUUGUGUGUGGGACAUUGGUCAAAACUUGAACUUAAAAAACAGUGUUAAAAAAAAUACAUUUAGAAUGUUUUGUUGGUCUUAAAGAGAUUCACCCAAAAGAAAGAUUCUGUCAUCAUUUACUCACCCUCAUGUUGUUCCAAACCUGUAUGACAUUCUUUGUUUUAUGGAACACAAAGGAAUGUAAAUAUUUUGAGGAAUGUUUACUUCCACUGAAUGAAGAUAAAUUUAAAAAAUAAA